AGAGCCAUUUGCAAACAAAAUAGAAAAAGAUUUAAGUAAUUUGCAGUUCUCUCUCUUUCUUUUAGAGAGAGAAUUUUUUCUCUACCUCCUUCAUAUCUGUUCACACACUUUCAUCUUUCACAGAUAUGAAGAUGAAGAGUAGAGAUUAAACACUUUGUUUUUUUUGUUUCUGAUCUUUGAUCAGGGUUUUGUUUUCGGCUUUGUCCGAUCUUCUGUUUUCGCUUUGGCGAUUUGUAUUCGUUUGACGACUUUUUGAUGUGUUUUCAGUUUCAAGUCGAAACUGAUCUUCAUGUUUUCUUUUCAAUCUUUCGAUUGGGAUUGAUCUAUGUUGUUUGUGUUGGGUCCCUGUUUUCUUCUCAGUUAUGCACUUAUUUCUUUUCACAGGAAUCAAUCUUCACUCUUUUAUUGUUAUGGAGCCAAUAGUAUGGCUUUGAGUGAAGUAUCCUUGUUUAAUCAAUUUCAUCAAUGGAGAGAAAGAAGGAGACGACAGAGAAAUAAAAAAGCAAACUUUGAUUAACAGGUUAACAGACAUCCAAUUAGAAGAUUCAUUUGGGGCUCCGAUUCAUGCUAAGGGAUAAAAAAUGUGAUUCAUGGUUGAACGGCGAUGAACGGAAAAUAGAGAUCUAGCGCAGCGGCGGCGCACCACCAGAAACAGCUCUCGAUAAUCUUCUUGACAUGUCUUCCUCCCAUAGCGGAUGGCUCUCAUCCACUGGUCUCCCAGACUCCCACACUUUCAGCCAUCCCCCAAUGAUUACGGAUACUAUGCCGGUGGUAGUCAACGCGGUGGUCUUGUUCAGAAAAAAAAUCAAUGCGGUGGUCAAAUGACAAGAGGAUAUAAGAAUGCUCACAGAGGGUUUAAUGGAGGAAAUGAGAUAGCUAGAUACGUUUGGUAUCAAAUGUUUCUUUCAAAAGUGAAUUUUUUAAUCAUUUGUUGUAUCUUAUUGAAGAUUCAAUCCGUAGAAUACAGUGUUAGCUAGCUUCUUUCUGGGUUUACUUUCGUAGCUUCUGUUGUAGGCUUAUGGUGCUGUUUGGUGACAUGUCAAGAAGAGAAAGCCGUUAUGUACUUGGCAUACUUUUCUAUUAGCAUAGCUUUGUCCCUGUAUUUUUAUUUGGUAUUUUUCCUUAGUUGUGUUUUUGUGAAUAUCUUGCAAUCAUAUAGCUGUCCAAAAUAUUAGUGUUAAAUUAGUUUAGAACUUUAGACUGCUAACAAAUAUGUUUAUAGUCUAUUAAAUUAGUUUAGUUUAGAUGGCCAACAAAUAUGUUUCAAGCUGUUAAAUUAAGGGCAAUUGUACAAAAUAGCACUUCUGAAAUUUCUCUGCUUUGCAGGUGAGAACAGAGGCAACGAAUGAGACACCUGUCUCUCCAAUAGCUCCACAGAGUAUUGAGAUUUCAUUUUUUACUCCAAUUCAGACGCAGCAGUUACAUGCUCAAAAAAAAUCUUGGACUUUUACAUUAAUUUUUGGAAGCUUUUGUAGUUGUUCAUGAUCCCAUUCCUGACUUUUUUUUUUGUUUUGCAGAUGGUAACAGAGGGAUCGUAUGACUCUACAUAGCCUUUGACUGAAAUCAUUUCAGCAACCAAUAAAGAGCCUUUGACUGAAAUAAUUUCAGCAAUCAAUAAACAGGAGGAUACAGAUGCUGUUCAUAACACACCUUCCUCCCUAGUCUCUUCACUAAUUUCACGAGUUAUUGAAGAAACAUAGCAUCUUCAGACAAGUGCAUCUUCACCACUUUCUACUCUCUUUGAAAACGGGGCAGAUGUUGAGAUUGCAACUAGCGAUGACGCUACGUGUCGAAUCUGGUAUCCUGGAAAUGUAUUUGCUACAAAUCUGUGUUAUGGGGUAGAGAAGGUGGCAGUAACACUGUUUUGCGGACCAAAAGAGAGUUACUGUAACACCAGACAAAAUCCGCCCUAAGCCACCCGCUGAUGACAGAGAAAAGAAGUUUGAGAUGAUGGAUAAUGUUGAGACAUUUUACAGUAAAAGCUGGAGCAGUGGACAAGUCAGAAUGAUUCUGGGUGAGAACACAUUUUCUGUUUAUCUGAAUAGCUCGAUGGAAACACUUGAAUUCAAAGCUUCAGAUUUGAGAAUUCAUAGAGAAUGGCUAGAUGGAGUGUGGAAGAUGGCAGAUGGGACUCCAUUGCAUGAGACAGCUUCCAAACAAGAUGAAGCCAAUCCAGAUCAGACGCAGCAGGAUACUAAGGAGCCUAUGAAUGAGAACAUUUCAAAAAACAUUUCAGACAUACAGCGCCUUACUCGAGCCCGCGCAAAAAAUUUAAGAGAGCAAAAUAAGAACGAAGAACCCAGAGUUCAAACUCACUUUGAUGUCAGUGCUAAUGUGGAGAUUGCAUCAAAAGAUGAAGACAAAUAUGUGAAAUGGUAUCCAGGAAUUGUGUUGAAGACAGAUAUUCGAAAUGGGGUUGAGUUGUUGAAGGUUGAGUACUCAACACAGUUUCGGGACAAAGAGAAAAGGACAAAGAAACUUCAGGAAAGUGUGUCCAUUGACAGUAUCCGUCCUCAACCACCACCUGGAGAUACAAAAGGUUUUGAACUGAUGGAUAAGGUGGAGGCGUACCACAAUGACGGUUGGUGCAGUGGAGAAGUUCAUAUAAUUUUAAGUAAUGACAUAUAUUCUGUCCGUUUCAACAGUUCUACUGAAUUCAUUCUGAUCUGCGCAUACCUAAAAAAUGGGUAGAUGGUGUUUGGAAGAUGGAAAAAAGAGAUAGAAGUACAGCAGACUCAGAGUGUGAAAUAUUUAUACAUCAUAUUAGGAAGGCUUUCAUGAAUAAAAGAUAAAAUUAUCCUGAAUUUUGGUCUUUCUAAGAUACUUUGUAUUUGUUUUUAAUUAAAGGGGAAGCCUGUUGUUGGUAUGAAGAGGAAAGUAACUGCUCAGCCAGUAGAUCAUGAAAAAAAAGUAUGAAAUAUUUAUACAUCAUAUUAGGAAGGCAUUCAUGUAUAAAAGAUAAAAUGAUACUGAAUUUUUGUCUUUUUAAGAUACUUUGUAUUUGUUUUUAAUUAAAGGGGAGACCUGUUGUUGGUAUGAA